UUUUUGGCUGCAGUGUACCAAUUAACCAUGGCGAAAAGUGCUCCCUGUCACAUUAGAUAGGAUGAGGUCUCUGUAUGCUACUUUCCAUUUGUAAACCCCUAUCCUUUUCUUGCUGUUUUUCAUAGCAAAAGGCAGAAACUGUUCAAUGUUAUUUGAUUGAUAACGUGUCUACCACCUACAAAGACCACAAACCUAAGCCUCAGCUAUUAUUUUAGGAUCCACAUUUUUCAUUUGCUAGUUUUUUUGCCAAAUAGGUUAAAUUGUUGCUGAUGUCCUGACAUGUUCUUCACUACCUUCUAAAUAUUCCCCAAUAGCAUCCUCUGUUCCCAUGAUGUUGCCUUCAUCUUGACUGCAGCCUGCGAGUGGAACAGGAUUUAAUCAGUUUUAAAUGUGGCAGGAUUAAAACAGUAAUUUCCCCCAUUUUCUCUCACCUUCCAAGGGCAGACCCAAAGUGUAAAAUUUAUUAGGCUAUGUCACCAUUAUCCUGGACGGAAGUCAGGACUGACAGUAAUUGCAAUAAAAAGUGAUAGAGCUGGGAUAGCGAUCAGCAAUGGGCAUGUCAUGCCAGUGUUGUUUUUUGUCAACUCACAGAUCGGGUGGAUAACAUUUAUGAUAUUCUAUAUCUCCCUUAUCAUGCUGCCUUUUGGAGUGGGCAAUUCCUUAUUUUCCAAUUCCUUAUCCUUGGAGGAGCAGCUUUUCAACUACAUUGAUGAACAUCAGGAUGAAUUUAUUCAGAAACUUAAGGAGUGGGUGGCUGUAGAGAGUGAUUCCCAACAGCCACGUCUAAGAGCUAAAGUCAUAGAAAUGGUCAAAAUAGCUGCAGACAGUCUUGAAGACUUAGGAGCUACUGUGACACUCAGUGAAAUGGGCAUUCAACAGUUGUCUGAUGCUCAGAAUAUUCCAUUACCUCCAGUCGUUCUGGCAAACUUGGGAGAUGAUACACAGAAACCAACUGUAUGUUUUUAUGGACAUGUGGAUGUGAUGCCAGCUAAAAGUCAAGAUGGAUGGAAAACCCAUCCUUUCAGUUUAACAGAAAUUGAUGGAAAUCUGUAUGGGCGUGGAGCAACUGAUAACAAAGGACCUGUCUUAGCCUGGAUAAAUGCUGUGAAUGCAUUCAAAGCACUAAACAUAGAUUUACCAGUAAACAUCAAAUUUCUUAUUGAAGGCAUGGAAGAAGCAGGAUCCACUGGACUGGAAAAAUUGGUUGAAAAAGAAAAUGAAAGAUUUUUUUCCAGUGUUGACUAUAUUUUGAUUUCAGAUAAUACCUGGCUUUCCAAAACAAAACCAGCUCUUACAUAUGGAGCUAGAGGAAAUGCCUGCUUCUCAGUGGAGGUAGAAGGCGGGGAAAAAGAUCUUCAUUCAGGAAGUGCAGGUGGCAUCAUCCAUGAGCCCAUGUCUGAUUUGGUAGCUCUACUUGACAGUCUCGUGAAUUCAUCUGGACUUAUUCUGAUCCCUGGAAUAUAUGAUGAUGUAGCCCCAUUUACAGAUGAGGAGAAAAAGCAGUAUGAGUUGAUAGAAUUUGAUGUGGAAGAACAUAAAUCAAAUCUUGGAGUAAAGGAAUUCCUUUAUGAUACCAAGGAGAAAAUACUCUCACAUAUGUGGCGCCUGCCAUCUCUCUCUAUUCAUGGGAUAGAGGGAGCUUUUUACGAACCAGGUAUCAAAACGGUUAUACCAUCAAAAGUCAUAGGAAAGUUUUCAAUCCGGCAAGUCCCUCAUAUGGAUUUGUCUAAAGUGGAACACCAGGUGAAAAAACAUUUAGAAGAUGUAUUCUCUAAUCGAAGAAGUCCAAAUAAAUUAACGGUGUCUAUGCUAAUGGGUGCAGUGCCCUGGAUUGCUAAUAUUAAUGAUCCUCAGUAUAUAGCUGCUAAAAAUGCAAUCAGGAAAGUGUUUAAUCAGGAUCCAGAUAUGAUCCGGGAUGGAUCAACAAUUCCAAUUGCCAGGGUGUUCCAGAAUAUAACAAGGAAGAGUGUGAUGAUGCUUCCAAUUGGUGCAAUGGAUGAUGGGGAACAUUCCCAGAAAGAGAAAAUAAGCAGAUUUAACUAUAUCAAUGGAACCAAGAUGUUUGCCUCCUUUUUACUGGAGAUUUCAAAACUUCAGGCUUCCAACUGGAAACAGUGAUGAUGGUCCAUAAAACUACAGUCUUAUUAUUUUCAUUUAUGUCUUAUGCAUGGCUGCAGUUCCAAAUGCAUAUGGUGAUGCUGUAUGAAUUCUUCCAGAAAUAUAUUUUCAGACUUAAAAAUUCUUAAGAUAGGUAGCUAAAUAUUUCUUUCUCAUUUGCUUUUUGCCCUUUAAAUGUAUGUAUUUCAGUAAGAGAAAGGCUGAAUUCACACACUAUAUUAUUUGUUGAACGAGCCAGUGGAUGAGUUCAUAUAAACCCAGGAAUGGGCACCUUGCAAGCUGUAAAAAAUUCUAGCAGAUGAAACAGCUAGUUCGGUGACCAUGUUGUGCCCCAGUAUUCUGAUACUCAAUUCUCUAUUUGUAUUUUUAAAAACACUUACAAAUUUAGCACCAUGGGAAGGCUAAAUCAUAGUGCAUAUAAAUAUUAUCAAUAUUAUUCAAUAUUCAGACUACUGUUUUGCUAGCACAUUUAUCUCCCAUGUGGAGAGUACAAGUAUUUUCAAGUACAAUAGCCUAUUAGAUUAUAUCCUUUGCAUUUAUUUUUAGUUUGAGCUCAAUUAUUUUCUAAUCAGUAUUGCUACCUAUAGAUUUUAAUUCUGUCACAAUAUUAUGUUGAGUGAACUGUACCAAACGUUAUGUCAACAAUACCAGUGAAAUGGCUUUGUUGCUUAUGGUAGACACUAAGCCAUUUUAUGAGAGCAGUGCUCACAUGGUUAGGAUGCUGGGUUGAUGACAGAGGUGGUAUUCAGAGGUGGUAUUCUGGAGAACUGGUAGCAGAAAUUUUGAGUAGUUCAGAGAACCGGCAAAUACCACCUCUGACUGGCUCCACCCCCAUCUAUUCUCUGCCUCCUGAGUCCCAGCUGAUCAGGAGGAAAUGGGGAUUUUGCAGUAACCUUCCCCUGGAGUGGGGAGGGAAUGGAGAUUUUACAGUGUCCUUCCCCUGCCACAUCCACCAUGCCACGCCCACCAAGCCAUGCCCACAGAACUGGUAGUAAAAAAUUUGAAUCCCACCACUGGUUGAUGAUCAGCAAGCCCGUGUUCGAGACCCAAGUGCUGCUGUAUGGUGGGGUGACUUGAAAGGACCCCCUAACUGGGCCUCUCCCAGGCAAGGCUAAUCACAAACUGUCAUUGGCUAAUCCUUUCAAUCUGGAAGUGCCUUAGUGGCUUGCGUCAUGAAUACAAUGAUAAGCCAUUUUAAGAACUUUGGAGUAGCUUUGAAAAGUCACUAUAACAUUGAUUUUGUUUUUAAAAAGGUAAACCAAAAAGCCUCACACCUGAGCAAUAUCUUUAAUAAGGCAAGUUGAAUGUUACAAAAUGGUAUGCAAACAUCUGAACUAAUUGAGAAUUCCAUUAUGUAAGAGAGCUGAUCUGAUCUUUUUCUGGAUUUCAUUUUAAAUUUUUCUGGAUUUCAUUUUAAAACUUUUUCAGCAUACAAAAUCAUUUUGUGCUUCUGCAAUAUACAUGCAUGCAGUUUUCUUUUGUCAUAUUUUUAUUUUGUUGCUUGCUAAAAAAGGAAUGCUAUUUUUCUUUAAAAAACCUGAUAUUAUAUACUUUUCAGUUAUCUUUACAAAACUUACAUGUUUAUAAAAAACUAAUAGAUGCUAUAAUUGUAAAAAAAAGGACCAAUCAACAGUGACAAUAUAAUUUUAAUUUUAAUUUUAGAAGACCUAUGCAAAUUCUGAUAGUCUGAUAGAGAUUGGAAACUGAUCUCAACAUUUGGACCAAAGAGAUCCAGGCACCACUGAGAUAGUUAUGUUUUAAAAUAAUUUCUCAUUUGCCUGGGAUGUUUAUUAUAUUUUGGGGUUUUAAUUUACAAUAAUUAUGGGUAUGUAAGUGACUGAAAAAUAGCCAGUGGCUUGCAGUUCCCAAGUUCUUGGGAUAAAAAGAUGGAAUUAGUAUAUUUUGCUUUUGUCUAAAUAAAAAGCAGUUUUGCUUUUGUCUAAAUAAAGAGAUAAUAUAUUUUGAUAUUUACUGUCAAAAAGGAAUUGUCUAUUGCUAAUUUAUGUUUAAUUUUAAAACACACAUUUUUGUAAAGUAUUUACAAAAUUAAAGAUGAAAGUAAUUUUAA